ACAAAAUGGCAUUUUGUGUGGCUCAAAGUUUAGUUAAAACAUUUUGCAAACAAAAAGCUCUUUGUUUAUUUGUGCGACAGUUGUGCAAUGCUCAGACAUCAGCUGGAAGGCAAUGGCAGUUGGCCAGUGCUGUUUGUUUGGAGCGACAUCCGGUUAUCACGAGUGAGAAAACCGAGCUGGAGCAGAAAAUGAGUAAACUCAUGGAGCGGAUGGAACUGGAGUACAGUUUACUGUCUGACCAUGAACUCAGACACAAGGAGGAUUUACUUCUAGCGCAGAAAAGGAAACAAGAAGAUUACGAGGAAACAGAAAUUGAUGCAUCUCGGUUAACUGCUCUUGAUUUAGAAGACAAGUGGGAAGCUGAAUUAAAGAAUUUUACACCAGCCAGUCGCAACACAGAUGCAGACAAAUCAGAUGACAGGACAUCAGUUCAGAGGAAACUCGACAGAAAACUGAUUCUUAUUGUGAAACAACAGCUUGGAGAUCAGUCACACUGGGUUUUCCCACAGGGUCUUUGGAAGGAUGGAGAGUCCAUGAGACAGACGGCUGAGCGGGUUCUUCAAGACUGCUCUGAUGGUAAACUUGAUGCCAGGUUUGAGGGUAAUGCUCCGUGUGGCCUGCACAAGUACAAGUUUAAGAGAGAAUCGGAAAAUGGUGUCAAGAUUUUUUUCUUUCGAGCAUCAUACGCAAAAGGAAACAUUGAUCUGACAAACAAACGUGUGUCAGACUUCCUGUGGGUGACAAAAGAUGAGUUAACUGAAUACCUUGCUCCAGCUUACAUGAAGAGUAUUACUAAUUUCGUUAUAGACUUGUGAUAGAGAGACAAAACUAAAAGACAAACUCAUGUCUGUCCGAGUGAUGAUCACCAUGAGAGAAAAUUAGUUUCAGUAUUAACAGAUAUCUGGAACAGCCAAGCAUCUCAUCCCAUUUGAAACACAGGAUUGUGAAAUGAUGGCAUCAAAUACCAUUUCCAUAUAUUAAGCAAGAAUGCCAUGUUAUACCCCUUCAUAUCAAUAUAACAAGUAACAAGUUACACUAAUUAAUUAUAUGAAAAUUCUUAUUUUUCAACAACUGUUAAGAUUAGAACCGUGAUACUUUCAGAACUUAAGAAAUAUGAUCUUGUUUUUCAUGUGGAUGAUAUGCAAGAGGAAUUAAUUAUUAAUGCGUGGAUAUAUAUAUAGUUAAACUUGUGCAAAUUAACGUGGUAAGCAGUUUGUAAAAAGUGGCUGUUGAAGAAAGUUUGCUGUUUAAUCUACGAGUUAGUACUUUGAAGAUUUGGGAGAUUAUAGGAAUCUCUCGACAAGUUAAGUCAUUAAAAGAGGUGGUCAUGUGUGCAGACUGAACUGUUUACUAAGGUAGUGAUACAGGAAGACAAUUCUAAAUAUGUGGUUCUCACUUGGAGACACACUUCUAACAUCUGAAAACUAACACAUUAGACAAGAAUUCUAACCAUAAGUGGAGUUUUUAAUAAAUUGUAAAACAUU